AAGUGAUAGCUCCGCGUCUUGCAAUCAUCAGUUGGUCGACUCUCAAGUCUUGAACACUCCAAUUCCUCUACAUAUCCUCACUCUUCCGAUAACUCUACUCUACCAAUUUUUAAAAUGUUGCAACGACAAGUUCAAGCUAAGAUCUUCGCCAAGCGCAACCCAGAGGAAGAGCGCGAAGCUCAGGAAUGGAUCGAACAGAUUUUGGGCGAAAAAUUCCAGGCCCCCUACGAGGAUGCUCUUCGUGACGGCCAAAUCCUUUGUCAUCUCAUCAACAAAUUGGCACCUGGCUCUGUCCCGAAGAUCAACACAUCCGGCGCCCAAUUCAAGCUGAUGGAGAAUAUCCAAAAGUUUCAAAAGGCCAUCAUGGCGUACGGAGUCGCCGAACUAGAUGUUUUCCAAACGGUUGAUCUGUGGGAGAAGAAAGAUAUUUCUCAAAUCACAACUACCAUUUUCGCUCUAGGCAGAACGACAUACAAGCACCCCGAGUGGCAAGGACCGUGGUUGGGCCCAAAACCCUCUGAGGAAAAUAAACGUGAAUUCUCCGAUGACGUUAUUGCGGCAGGCAAAACCGCUAUUGGUCUCCAAGCUGGUACCAACAAAGGAGCUACUCAAGCUGGCCAGAACAUGGGUGCCGGCAGGAAGAUCAUCCUGAACAAAUAAAUUAGCUCAUAGUCAAGACGGACGCCUAUUUUAUUUGACUUUGUCUUUAUCGGCAUCACAGUUUAGGGGAUUUCUUUGUUGCAUUUUUUAAAUCUUUUUGCUUUUUUUACAAGUAUUUGGAGAGAAAAUCUUAAAAAAAAGAUGUGUUAAUAUCGUUAAGAUAUGGAUCACAUGGGAGGCGCAUAAAGUUCCAGGAGCAAUUUUAAGAAAGGAA